AUGUUUAUUGAAGGGUUAAAUUGUAGUCUUUCAUGGAAACAGGCUGCACAAAGGUAUACAGUUUUUCGAAAAUUCUCAAUAUAUUCAAAAUUAAAUAACUUCAUUCAUAUUCAAAGUUUAAUACGAUAUCAGAAACUUUCAAGAUGUUAUAGCAGAUUUGAUCAAAAUAAUACCAUCUCUUUAUUGAAAUCAUUAAUUGAUGAGAACAGUGAUAUCACAAAUAAAUCAAAAAAAUGUAUGAGAGCUUACUGGCAAUAUUUGGAAAAUAAUAAUAAUGUUGACAAAAAAUCUAUAAUUGAUGUAGCAUCGAUGGAGAAUUUUAUAAAUUUUGUAAAUAGAAACAAAUCGAAAUCAACAACAGUUUUAGCAACUUAUUAUAGAGAACUUCUUGUUCAUGGUUUGCAAAAUAAUUUCAACACUGUUAAUACUCUGAUAAACAAAAUCAAUGGUGAAAGCUUUUUGAUUAAAGACAAUGAACAAUUGCUAAGUUAUAUAAUUUACCAUUCAUUGUCUAAUAAUCAAUUAAUAGUCGCAGUGAGUUUGUACUUAUUCUACCAUAAAUUGCACCCAGAUCAUCCAUUAAACGAAAUAUAUUCAAGAAAACUAAUAAAAGCAUUAUCAUUUAAUAAUCCAAAAUAUAAUUACCAAUAUUUACUAAAAUUUUUGGAAUUAGAUCAAUUGUAUAAGUCUAAAGGUAAAGAAUUAUUAUUAACUGAAUUAGAAUCAACAUCAAUAUGUGAAAAAGCCUUAUCAAUGAAAGAGCUUCCAAUUUUAACAAAUAAAAUCUUGAACAAGAUAUUAGAUGCAAACCAUUUUCCUUCCAAGGACAAGUUAAGAAAUGAUCAAUUAAUUGCAGGUUAUGAUUUAAUUCACCUCAAUUACAAGUUGAAUAAUCCAUCUAGAGUUUUUUCAACUUGGACAAAAAUUAAGAACAAUUAUCCUUCCUUUACUUCCCAUGAUCCUAAUAUUUUAUACAAAGUUUUAAAUUUGGCAACUCAUCAUAAAUCUCAUAAAUCAAUGGGCAAAGAAAUCAUUCAACAGUUGCCACCAAAAUAUUAUUGUAAUAGUCAAUUAAUAUUUCCAGAGUUUGUCGAUUUUGCUACCAAAUCAAGAGACUUAAAACAAGCUCAAAAAAUUAUUAGUGACGUUAAUAAAAAUAUUAUCCCAGAAAAUAUCCCAAUAAUUCUUAAAUCAAAACGUUGCUUAUCUGCUUUACUAAGAAUGCAUCUAACAUUUAAUGAUUCUGAUGGUGUCAAUAAUGUAUUGAAACAAAUUAUAGAAGUUAAUGGGAAGAUAUCGGCAGAAAAUUACCAAGCCAUUAUAACACAUCUAAUUAGAUCCGGGAAAGUGGAUGAUUUCAAUAAAGCUGUGAGUUUGUUUAAAAACUUGGAUUCUAAUGAUAGUUUACUAUCAUAUCCCAUUGUUAUUCAAUCAUUGAUGACAAGCAUAAUGAAAUCAGAAUCAUUACAGGAAACGAAAAGAUUUAGGUUUAUUGUAAAAGAUUUAUUGUCUAAAGCACACAGAGCCGAUCCAAAACAUUUAAACUCCAUGUGGAAUAUAAUUUCAUCGCUAUAUAUCAAACAUCUGACUUCUUUUAAAGGUUUCAAAACAAAAGAUAAGAUAUUUAACUCAAAUAUAAACAGUGAUUCAAAAUGUUUGGAUGAUGCCAAGUUAAUUUAUUUGAAUUCAAUUAGCAUCCAUAAUUUUAACAAAUCGAAAAUAAGAGGUGGCCAUACCAGUAAUGUAGAGUCAGAUUAUUCACAUAUCGACUAUAAUCCAUUUUAUUCUUCAGAUACAUCAAUUAUCAAAUUGAAAAUAACAAAAUCUAAUAGAUACGUCAUAUUGAAAAAUAUUGCGAUAAAUUCAAUUCAUUAUAAUAGGAAGGAUAUAUUUUCUUGGUGUUGCUCUGAGCUUUAUCAGCAUGGUUUAAGUAUAGAUGAUUUAUUACUUGAUUGGAAUUUAGUUUUAAAACAAAAAAUACGAAGUACUGAAUUUAAAUCAAGUAAUGAAAUAGAAAAGACACUCUCGACUGAUGGUCUCAAAUCAAUAAAAGAAAAUUUAAGAUAA